AUGGCGGACGUUGAAAUGAGCGACGCACCCAAAGGUGCCAACGCAGCCAACGGCAAGAGUGUCGAGAAGAAGAAGUUUGAAGUCAAGAAGUGGAAUGCCGUGGCAUUAUGGGCCUGGGAUAUUGUGGUUGAUAACUGUGCGAUUUGCCGCAACCACAUCAUGGAUUUAUGUAUCGAAUGCCAGGCGAACCAAGCAUCCGCUACGAGCGAGGAGUGCACAGUGGCCUGGGGUAUUUGCAACCAUGCUUUCCAUUUCCACUGUAUCUCACGAUGGCUAAAGGCCAGAUCAGUAUGCCCCCUUGACAAUAGAGAUUGGGAAUUCCAAAAAUAUGGUCGAUAG